AUGUCCCUGGGAGCAGGGAUUGAGUAUGGAGAUGUACUGCCAGAUUCCUUCCCAUCAGCACCUGCAGAGUCUCUUCCCCAUUUCCUACUGGAGCCACAAGAUGCCUACAUUGUGAAGAACAAACCAGUUGAGCUGACCUGCAGAGCCAACCCGGCCACCCAGAUCUAUUUCAAGUGCAACGGCGAAUGGGUGAAUCAGAAUGAUCACCUCACCACAGAGAGUCUGGACGAGGUCACUGGGCUCCUUGUAAGGGAAGUCCAGAUUGAAGUCUCUCGCCAGCAAGUGGAAGAACUUUUUGGCCUAGAAGAUUACUGGUGUCAGUGUGUGGCAUGGAGUUCUGCUGGAACCACAAAAAGUCAUCGAGCUUAUGUUCGGAUAGCAUACCUGAGGAAGAACUUUGACCAGGAACCACUUGGGAAAGAGGUGCCUCUCGACCAUGAGGUCCUUUUGCAGUGCCGUCCUCCUGAAGGAGUGCCAACUGCUGAGGUGGAGUGGCUGAGGAACGAGGAUGUGAUUGAUGCUUCCCAGGAUACAAACUUCCUGAUAACCAUAGAUAACAACCUUAUCAUCAAGCAGGCUAGGCUUUCUGACACUGGCAACUACACCUGUGUGGCCAAAAACAUCGUUGCCAAACGGCGGAGCACCACAGCCACAAUAAUUGUUUAUGUGAAUGGUGGCUGGUCUACCUGGUCAGAAUGGUCCCCAUGCAGCAACCGCUGUGGACGUGGAUGGCAGAAACGUACCCGCACCUGCACCAAUCCAGCGCCUCUCAAUGGUGGCUCUAUUUGUGAUGGACAAUCUUUCCAGAAGCUUGCUUGUACUACCAUGUGCCCAGUGGAUGGAGCUUGGACUGAAUGGAGCAAGUGGUCAGCCUGUAGCACCGAGUGCACACACUGGAGGAGCAGAGAAUGCAUGGCCCCAUCUCCCCAAAACGGAGGGAAAGACUGUAGCGGUGUCCUGCUUGAUUCCAAAAACUGCACCGACGGGCUCUGCAUGCAAAAUAAAAGAUCUGUAAGCGAACCCAAAAGUCACCUACUGGAAGCAUCUGGUGAUGUGGCUUUGUAUGCUGGCAUAGUGGUGGCCAUCUUUGUCUUCAUUGUUAUCUUGAUGGCUGUUGGGCUGGUUGUGUAUAGGCGAAACUGCCGGGACUUCGACACUGACAUAACCGACUCCUCUGCAGCACUGACAGGAGGCUUCCUCCCAGUUAAUUCCAAAACUUCCAGACAUGAUACCCCCCAGUUGCUCCACCCUUCAGUGCAGCCUGAUCUAACUGCCAAUGCAGGUGUAUAUCGUGGUCCGAUGUAUGCUUUGCAAGAUUCCUCUGACAAGAUCCCCAUGACCAACUCGCCAUUGCUUGACCCUCUCCCUAAUCUCAAGAUCAAAGUGUAUAACUCCUCUACAGCAUCCUCCUCUUCUGGGAUGCAUGAAGGGGCAGACUUGUUAGGAGCCAUGCCCCCAGGCUCCUUCCAAGGAGACAGCCACAGGGAUAACCAUUUCAUGAAUCUAAGGAACAAGGGAAUGGGCUCUCAGCAGCUUCUGACUCUGCCUCGAGAUCCUGGGAAUAGUGCCACAGGGACAUUUGGCUGUCUGGGAGGAAGGCUCAUCAUCCCUGGCACAGGUGUGAGUCUGUUGGUGCCACAUGGAGCAAUUCCUCAGGGAAAGUUCUAUGAAAUGUAUCUGAUGAUCAACAAGGCAGAAAAUACUCUCUUACCCUCUGAAGGCACGCAGACAGUGCUGAGUCCCAGAGUGACCUGUGGUCCUACAGGACUGCUCUUAUGCUGCCCAGUCAUCUUGACUGUUCCACAUAGUGCAGAUGUCACUUCCCCAGACUGGAUGUUGCAGUUGAAAACCCAGUCCCACCAAGGACACUGGGAGGAAGUUGUGACACUGGAUGAAGAGACUUUGAACACACCCUGUUACUGCCAGUUGGAACCCAAGUGCUGCCAUAUCCUGCUAGACCAGCUUGGAACAUACGUCCUUGUGGGAGAAUCCUAUUCUAGGUCGGCCAUCAAGAGAUUGCAGCUUGCCAUCUUUGCUCCCACCCUCUGUACCUCAUUGGAAUACAAUCUCAAAGUAUAUUGCCUGGAGGACACACCUGAUGCUCUAAAGGACGUGCUUGAAUUAGAAAGGACUCUUGGUGGCUAUCUGUUAGAAGAACCUAAGCCUCUACUAUUUAAGGACAGUUAUCACAACUUGCGCCUCUCAGUUCACGACAUCCCUCAUUCACUUUGGAGGAGCAAACUCCUGGCCAAAUAUCAGGAAAUCCCAUUCUAUCACAUCUGGAGUGGUAGUCAACGGGCACUACACUGCACCUUCAGUCUUGAGAGAUACAGCCCAGCUUCUACAGAACUUACCUGCAAAAUCUGUGUUCGGCAAGUUGAAGGAGAAGGGCAGAUAUUUCAGUUACACAUUACACUUGGAGAGGCUAACUCCAGCCCCUUUGAUGCCUUGCGCGCCUACCUUGGCAGUGCCCUGACAACCCAGCUGGGACCACAUGCCUUCAAGAUUCCUCUGUCCAUACGGCAGAAAAUCUGCAACAGUCUCGAUGCUCCCAAUUCCAGAGGGAAUGAUUGGCGGCUCCUGGCUCAAAAGCUUUCCGUGGAUCGGUACCUAAAUUUCUUUGCCACCAAAGCCAGCCCAACAGGGGUGAUCUUGGACUUAUGGGAAGCUCAACACCAAGACGAUGGGGAUCUUAACACUCUGGCCAGUGCCUUGGAAGAGAUGGGCAAGAGUGAGAUGCUGGUUGUCAUGGCAACAGAUGGGGAGUGCUGAUGCAGCUGUUGAAGACUUCCAGCCACGUGGAGGAUAGAGUAAG